GUUAAAACUUGGGUUAGAGUCGGGGUUGGGUUAGGGUCUUAUGUAAGGCAACCCAACCCCAACCUAACCCCAACCCAUUUACCAGCGUAUUGGUGACUUAAAACGAGAGAAAUCAAUCAAUCAAUCAAGGGCUUCUGGUUGAUGGCAGGGCUGGAGUCUGGGCUCGCGGACCCGGAAAACGUUGGCGCCAUGCCUGAGAAUCUAUACGAGCCACCAGAGAAAAAUGCCCAGGGCAAGAGAGUCUGGGCGCACUGGGUCUGGUGCCAGUAUGCGCUGGACUUCCUGAAGCAGGAUGGCGAGUGGAAGAUCUGGCACUUCAGAUGCUUGGAGGUCACGAGAGCUCCAUUCAGCGAGAAUUGGAUCACGUUUGCGGAAAAGAACCAGGUGGCUUUUGAGAAAGAUCUUGCUUAUUUCGGCCACAAUGGAAAGGCUGUCUUCAUGCCCACGCCUGAGGAGCCGGCUAAAAAGACAGCAGAUAUUUAUGGACCGACCCGGGUUCGCAAGCUCGACGUUCCCCUACCAGUGCCAUAUAAAACUUUCAGUGAGACUGAGGAGUACUAGAUGCUCACUUUGCCACUUCAAGG